GGCGGGCGGGAGGCGGAGGCACCCUCGGAGCCCGGCGCCCGGCGGGGAGGGGGCGUGCGACCGGGGACCGGCCCCGAGGCGCAGGAUGGAGGAGGAGAUGCAGCCGGCGGAGGAGGGGCCCAGCGUCCCCAAAAUCUACAAGCAGCGCAGCCCCUACAGCGUCCUCAAGACGUUCCCCAGCAAGAGACCGGCGCUGGCCAAGCGCUACGACAGACCCACCCUGGUGGAGCUGCCGCACGUCCGGCCGCCGCCGCCGCCCCCGCCGCCUUUCGCGCCGCACGCCGCCGUCUCCAUCAGCAGCAGCGAGCCGCCGCCGCCGCAGCAGUUCCAGGCGCAGAGCACCUACCCCGCCGGGCCCGGCCGGGCAGCCGCCGCCGCGUCGUCGUCGUCUCCAUCGUGCACGCCCGCCGCGUCCCAGGGCCACCUGAGGACUCCGGCGCCGCCGCCGGCGUCCCCCGCCGCCUCAUCAUCCUCGUCCUUCGCCGCCGUCGUCAGGUAUGGCCCGGGCCCGGCGGCCGCCGCGGGCAGCAGCAGCGCGGGCAGCGACGGCGCCAGCCUGGAGCUCAGCGCAGAGAGUCGUAUGAUCUUGGAUGCCUUUGCCCAGCAGUGCAGUCGAGUUCUUAGUCUCUUAAAUUGUGGAGGAAAACUACUGGACUCCAACCAUUCUCAAUCCAUGAUUUCUUGUGUCAAGCAGGAAGGCUCGAGUUAUACUGAGAGACAGGAACAGUGUCACGUCGGGAAAGGGGUCCACAGUCAGACGUCAGAUAAUGUAGACAUAGACAUGCAAUAUAUGCAAAGGAAACAACAAACUUCUGCCUUUUUGAGGGUUUUCACUGACUCCCUACAAAAUUACCUGCUCUCGGGGAGCUUUCCAACUCCAAACACCUCAUCAGUCAGUGAGUAUGGCCACCUGGCCGACGUGGAUCCUCUGUCAACCUCCCCCGUGCAUACACUAGGUGGCUGGACCUCCCCAGCGACAUCCGAAUCCCAUGGUCACCCGUCCUCUUCUACACUGCCCGAGGAGGAAGAGGAGGAGGAAGAGGAAGGCUACUGUCCUAGAUGCCAAGAGCUGGAGCAGGAGGUUAUUUCACUGCAACAAGAAAAUGAAGAGCUCAGACGGAAAUUAGAGAGCAUCCCAGUGCCCUGCCAGACCGUUCUGGAUUAUUUGAAGACUGUGCUGCAGCAUCACAACCAGCUCCUGAUCCCCCAGCCAGCCGACCAGCCCGCCGAGGGAAGCAAGCAGCUGUUGAACAACUAUCCUGUCUACAUAACGAGCAAACAGUGGGACGAGGCGGUAAAUUCUUCAAAGAAAGAUGGGAGACGGCUCCUUCGAUACCUCAUCAGAUUUGUUUUCACAACCGAUGAGCUUAAGUACUCAUGCGGCCUUGGGAAAAGGAAAAGGUCAGUGCAGUCAGGAGAGACAGGUCCUGAAAGACGCCCUCUGGAUCCAGUUAAAGUAACAUGCCUCCGAGAAUUCAUUAGGAUGCACUGUACCUCCAACCCCGACUGGUGGAUGCCCUCUGAGGAACAAAUAAACAAAGUGUUCAGCGACGCUGUGGGUCAUGCCCGGCAGGGGCGGGCAGUAGGGACUUUCCUGCACAACGGUGGCUCGUUUUAUGAAGGGAUCGAUCACCAGGCUUCCCAGGAUGAGGUCUUCAAUAAAAAUUCCCAGGAUGGGUCUGGGGAUUAGUGGACAAAAUCUUUACACUGUAGUAGCUGGUCCUCCGAAGAGUUCCAGUUGUCAAUGUCUUGUUAUCAUCACCUGAGAGUCCAAAGCAUGUCCUCCUGUCAGACUUUCCACAUCCCUAACCUUAACUCUCUUGACCUACUGCCACACUUCCCAAAUAGAAAUCCAUUUUAGGGUUAUUUGGGAAGUCUCUGGAGCCUGCAACAGACUUUCGGGAUAUUAUAGAAAGAAACAAACGAGAUUUGGAAUGAUUACUAGCUAGACAGUGGAGGUAAAAAGAACAGGUGAGCUCCUGGUCAGCUGUCUGAAAUCUUCAAGUAAGUGCUGCUUCCUGAGCAGAGCUGGUCCUCACAGAAGAUUGAGUUAGAGUCCCUGCCCAUGAGAGGAGGUAGAGACAUGGAGUUAUUUUAAGGGACAAUGAACAAACAUUCUCUUACUUUAAUUCAAAUUAGUUGUCUAUAGUUUACAAAGACUUGAAUUCAUACUUCUCAGCGAAGACCUAGGUUAGGUGACAUUGUAUGCUGUUUCUACCUUGAUAAAGCCUAUAUUAAAAACAAGCCAGAGAAAAGGCACUGCCAGACAGUGAUUAACUGGAAAUCAGCUGGGUUCUUUUUCACUUAUUUUAACCCCCUAAAAUUCUACCAUGUUGAUUGGAAAGGCACUACAUGAUCUCUGGGGUUUACAAACAGCAAGCUUUCUUUUUAUGUCAGUCAAGAAACCUCCAGGAUCCAAAACCCCUUCAAAUGCUUAAUUUUGUAGGUUCAUAGACCCACAGUUUCCACGGCCUUAACUCAGGUUCUGUUGACACAUUGCCAGAGUGAUGGGCUGAGCGAUGAGAAUUUCAAUCAAUUAGUUGUUUGGUGCACUGAAGAGCAAACAAGUGGUGUGACUGAUGGGACUCACUGAAUUGACCAGAUGUUCUGGAAUUGUGUACACACAGCUUCGAGGCCGUUCUGACAGCUAUGCAAUAGGCUUGUCUGUAAUUUCUCUGAAAGGUGAGGGUCUCUCUGUGCUGAGUUGAUCUUUACAAUUUGCACCAAACUUUUGUUACUUGUUGUCACCGAUGAAAAUGUUUCAUCCCAAUGUUUUGUGCCUCCUUCCCGCUCAGUGUUCCCUUGAGCGACAAGCUCUGGCUAAGUUAACACUAAAGCACUCCCACUUGUGUUCCCCUGUUUAAUUUGUUGAGCUCCUUCUGGGAAAUUAGUACUGUCUUUGAGAGCAUUCCUUACCUAUAAAUACUGUGGAGGUGCUAGAAUCUUUCUGAGGGCUUCCUAUUUGGAUGGCAGGAGAGGCUUCCUCCAUCACACAGAUCCGAUGGUUACAUUCUUUGUAGAGUAUAGGGCUACAUGGGCAGAAGUUACUGCAGGUUAUUAACACUCUACAAACAUGACUAAGGGCUUUGAAAAUGGGUUGGAAAUUCACUGAAAGUUUAUGAGCAUCCAUUUAUAAAGAGGAGGUUUUUGUGACCAUUUUCUGUGAGACAGUAAGUUACCCUUUAUGCUCAGUACUUAGCACCAGCUGUAUGCACGGCCCUGGAAACGGUCCUUCUUUAGCUUUUGUUAUGAUUAUUAGUUAUAUCCAUUAAAAACUUUAGUGUUCAUA